AUGCAUAAAGAAGAAAACGAGAAAAAUUUGAAGGCUGAGUUGGGUUCUCUGAUGGGAAAAUUUGAGAAGUCGCAAGAAGAGUUGGAGAUAUUUAAGAGCGGUGAUGGUUCUUCUUGGCAGCUGGCAGCUGAUCUAUCUGGGAAGCUUUCUUUGGCGAAUGAUGAGAUUCUUCGUGUAAACACAGAGUCUGAGCAGUACAAGGAAGUCAUGGAGGUCGCCCAGGAUACUGCCGAUCGCGUCACCACUGAGAAUAAUUUUCCUGCUAGAGAAUUCCCUGAUGUUCCCGUGCCUAAUGAUGAGUUUGUGGAGCCCGAAUCUAGUGAUGAGGAAGAGGUUAUCGAGGACGAAAAAUCCAGCGGCGAGGAAGAAACUGACGAGGAGGAUGUUUACGAGGAAGAUUCCGACUUUGAAGAUGAGUUCGCUGAGGGGGUCGGGCAGGAUGAAGCUAAUUGUGAAGCUGUUGCUGGUGAUAGGCAGGGCGAAUAUCAAUCAGUUCACGUUGCAGGGGAUGGUCAGGGAUAG